AUUUUUUGAACAAAUAACUCGACUAAAAAUGGUGUAAGAAUAAAUAAUGCUUCCGCCAUCCAGAUUUUUUCAAAUGUUGGAUAUUUCGCCUGUUUUUUUACCUGAUUAUCUAAAGCACUAUCUUUGAAAAAUUGCUUUCCGUUAUCAUACACUUUAUGACGGUCGACUGCAUUUGCGUAAGAUUCGUUCGAAGCAGCAAGUCACACUGUCAAACCACUCCUAACAGCCUUCACAUUCGUGCUGAAAUUUCAAAGUUGCGAUAAUGUUACAAAACAACAACAUGGAAAUCCAAUACAAUAGGGAAGUUCCAUUAGGAGAAGGUGGCUAUGGUUCAGUGUUUCCAGGAACGUUUCAAGGUCGUGAAGUGGCAGUCAAAAGAGUUCUCCUUAACAUGGCUAACGGUAAUGAAGAAGAAGCUUUAAAAAAGUUAGAUCACCCAAAUAUCGUCAAACUCUUCCAUGUUGAGCGCACCGACGAUUUCAUGCUAUUUGCUUUGGAGCUCUGCACCGCGUCAUUGGAUCAGGUAUUUCUAAGGCCUGAUCAUCCUGAAAAAUACAAAGGGCCUAAAUUGCCAUACCAUUUUGAAGUUUUCUCGCAAUUGGCUUCGGGUCUCGAGUACAUACAUUCCAAGAAUUUAAUUCAUCGAGAUAUAAAGCCGGAAAAUGUUCUCAUCUCGGUUGACUCCAGCACUAAUACGCAAGACGUUGAGGUAACAAUGAAAUGGGCUGAUUUUGGUCUGUCCAGGACCGUGAAUGAGCGAGGGACAUUUACGAUGACUAGUGGAGUGAAAGGAACCAGAAACUGGUACGCGCCCGAGUUGCUAAAACUACUACUUCAGGAAUCUCAAACGGGUGGGCAGCGGCAACUCAGAGGCACCGUCAAAAGCGACAUUUUUGCAUUAGGUCUCGUCUUCGCUUAUCUUCUGUUAGACGGCCAACACAUUUACGGUUCUAAUGAGUUUGACAUUCCUAAAAACAUCUUGGAUGGUACAGCAAUCAAUAGGAAUAAAAUAGAUCGAUCGCACUACGCAUAUGAUCUUGUUACCGAAAUGUUAAAAAAUGAAGCGGAACGAAUAUCUUCAUCAAAUAUCGUUAAGCAACUCACAUCAGAAAAAAAUAAGCUUGCAGAAAAAGAAAAGGAACUGUUUGAACUCUGUAUGAUAAGAUACCCAGCUACCUCCAUACUCUUCCCUUGGACAAAUCAAAACGAAAAGUUAAAAACAUUGAUCCGGCAGGGGGUUGAUGUGAAUAAGAAAGACCAGAAUGGAAACAACGCACUCCAUUUAGUGUGCCAAUUUCAUUCGAGCCCGAAAUUAAUCGACACGAUCAAUUUAUUAAUCCAACUCGGGAUCGACGUCAAUGAGAAAAACAACUACGGAGACAACGCACUCCAUUUAUUGUGUCUUAAUAAUUCAAACGAAAGAUUAAUCGACGCAAUCAAAUUAUUAACCCAAAUCGGGAUCGACGUCAAUGAGAAAAACAACUACGGAAGCAACGCACUCCAUUUAUUGUGUUGGAUAAAUUCAAGUGAAAAAUUAAUCGACGCAAUCAAAUUAUUAAUCCAACUCGGGAGCGACGUGAAUCGUGAAUGGCAUUGACGUGCGAUCAUUAUUACGAGAAAAUGAGACUAGAAAUUUCAAUGAAAUCAUAAAACUCUUCGACGAAGCAUCUCUUACAUAAACAUGUGUGCCUGUAAGCUCUGUUUCAAUCAUGUGAAGUGUUUCUAAUAAGGGGAAAUAUAUUAUUUGAACUGUUGACAUUUUCCAAGAAAUAUUUGACGUGAAACAGCUGACAAAGUAAUAGUUGAGAAUAAGUUAUGUUUCAGAAAUUAAAACCCAUUAAAGCUAGUAAUAAGGCGGUGAAUACAUAACAUCAUACGUCAUCGACUGUGAAGGCUCAACGAUUUCAGUAACAGGUUAGUCGACGCCGAAACAUUUUCCCAUUUCAGCGGCAAC